AUUGCUCGAUUACGUUUCUCGUUCUGGCUGCUGUAAAUGAAUGACUUUAUGAGUCGAAACAAGAAAAAAUCGCACUUCUUGCAUUUCCCGUAUUUGCUCAAACAAUCGUGUUUGUAUUCGUUUUGUAUUUGUUGCGCAGUAAAAGCGACUCCCACGGAAAUGACCAAGGUUGGAAGAACUAGCGACGUAUUUUGGCGCUGACGCAAUGUCCCGGCGCCUGGCAACACGCACCGGGUGAUUCAUUGUAAAGUUGGAAGAUGGCUUGGCUAAUUUGCAAUUUCACUAAAAGAGAAACAUGUCUCUAAGCCGGACAGCUGCUAACUUAUCUGUUUUACACUAAUACUCCUGUUUGUGUCAGACAAUCAUCCGACCAUGAAGUUGCUCCAUAAAGAUAUUGAGAAAGAUAAUGCCGGCCAGGUGACUCUGGUGCCAGAGGAGGCGGAGGAUAUGUGGCACACCUACAACCUGCUGCAAGUGGGGGACAGCUUAAGAGCCUCGACUAUCAGAAAGGUGCAGACAGAGUCCCCUACAGGAAGCGUGGGCAGCUCGAGAGUCCGGACUACUCUGACUUUAUGUGUGGAGGCUAUCGACUUCGACACCCAGGCCUGCCAGCUGAGAGUAAAGGGAACUAACAUAGAGGAGAACCAAUAUGUCAAGAUGGGUGCUUAUCACACCAUUGAGCUUGAGCUCAACAGAAAGUUCACUCUGGCUAAAAAGAACUGGGACAGCGUUGUGCUGGACAGAAUUGAGCAGGCAUGCGAUGCGGCCCAGAGGGCAGAUGUGGCAGCUGUUGUAAUGCAGGAAGGUCUGGCCAACCUGGUGCUUGUGACACCUGCCAUGACUCUGCUUCGUGCAAAAGUGGAAGUCACCAUUCCCCGUAAGAGAAAAGGAAGCUGCAGCCAGCACGAGAAGGCGCUGGAGAGGUUUUAUGAGGCUGUGAUGCAGGCGAUUCUCCGUCACAUCAAUUUCGAUGUUGUGAAGUGCAUCCUGGUGGGCAGCCCAGGCUUUGUGAAGGACCAAUUUAUGACUUACCUCUUUAAAGAGGCGGUGCGACAGGACAACAAGGUCCUGCUGGAGAAUCGUCCCAAGUUCAUGCUGGUCCACUCAUCAUCAGGUCAUAAGUACUCACUCAAAGAAAUCCUUUCCGAUCCCACUGUGACAAGUAGGCUGUCUGAUACGAAGGCAGCCGGAGAGGUGAAAGCCCUGGAAGACUUCUAUAAGAUGCUGCAGCACGAGCCUGACAGAGCCUUCUAUGGACUCGCUCAUGUGGAGAAAGCUGCCGACGCCCUUGCUAUCGACACCUUGUUGAUAAGUGAUAACUUAUUCAGGCAUCAGGAUAUCCCCAUGAGGAGUCGUUAUGUUCGCUUGGUGGACAACGUGAAAGACAAUGGUGGCAAUGUCAGAAUUUUCUCAAGCCUUCAUGUUUCUGGUGAACAACUGACUCAGCUGAGCGGAGUGGCUGCCAUCUUGCGGUUUCCCAUCGCCGACCUUUCAGACGCCGAAGACGACAGCAGCUCAGAUGAAGCCUGAUCCACACACAUACAUCAGAAAGCUCUGGAGCCCCCCACCCACCCACCCAAACAAAAGUGUUGCAGAUAAACACAGGAAUGCUUUCAGUGUGCUAUAAAACAAAAAAUUAUCCCACCUCUGUAACAUCCACACCUCUUACAAAUUAAAUUAGCAUGCCCGAUUUUCUAAAGCCGCCAUAAUUUCACUUAAUUUGAUGCAGUUUUACGUGCUUUGAUGCUUUUGGUUUGAAGGUGACAGUUUCUCUGAAAGGUGCAGAUAAAGCUAAAAAAACAGAAAAUCCUCAAUUCAUAAGUUUGCCAGUAAGCUGAAUGUAACAUUUGGUGCCAAGUCCAUAAUUUAAAAAAAAAAAACAAAAAAAACAGAUCACAUUUUGAGUGAUAGCAAUAACAAAAUCGGUGACUUCUUGUGUCAAGUGUACAUACAAUAUAUCUUUCUUGCAAUUAAACAGCAGAAGCAUGCGACUACUGUUAUUUCUCUCUGUUAACAUGCAUGGAUUAAAUACAGGUUGGACCAAGAUAUAAAAAAUAUAUUAUUUCUUACAUACAUUUCUUACUUACAUUUCCAUUUAAAAACUAUCUAAGGGCAUUACAGCCCAAACUACUGCAUAUCAACCUCUAUGUAAUCAAGUAUGUUCAGGAUUUUCAAUUUCAAGCAGUGAUAUGUGAUUUACAGUUAGAACACUGUAGGUUCCUCUUAUUCUUCUCUGGUAAAAUGUCAAGUCAUGAACUUCCCUUGUGAAGAAUUUCAGCAGCAAGGACGAAAGUGCCUUUUUAAAUUGAACUUUUUUUAAACAUCAGCUGCUUCUCUAUGUUAAGUUCCUAUUUAUUGACUUUUCCAUUUCAUUUGGUUUUUUAUGUAACAAUUACAUUCAUGAAUGAAUAAUAUUUUUCAAUGAAUUUAGCUGUUUUCCCCCUUUGCAUUUGUCAACCUAAUUAUUUUACAUAUGUAUAUUUUUUUCACAUUUAUUGAAGCUUUUUUGCAUCAUUAUGCAACUGAAGGGGCUGUCAUUAAAAGUGCAGUGAUGUUUGUUGAUGGUAGGGUGCCUCUGGAAAAUUGGAGUGUGUAGUUAAAGUAGCUAGCUGGAGAAAAAAUUGAUAAAUUGAAAAUUAAAUGGGAAGGUUUAAAAAAAAAAAAAAAA